AUGGAGCCCAAGAAUGAAGAGAGCAGCUUGUGGCCUUACUGGACAGGUGCUUGGCCUGAUAGCCACCUGCUUGAAGAGGAAGCGCUUCUCUCCGGCCUCUCCUUACCAAGCUUGCACUUCCAUCCAUCGUGCUCCACCAUUACAUCCACCAACAUUCUGCAAGGUGAGCUCGACGCCAUCUUUGAGGAUGAUGUGCUGAGGCACUGGGAUGACAUGGAGCUUCAGUCUGGAAACAAGGUAGAGGAGGAAGCAGGCAACGAGAGGCUGCCGCUGCUUUGCUACACCGAGGAGGAGAAGGAAGCAGUGUCCUCGAACAAUAAGGUCGUCGUCAGAGCAGCAGGCCAGCAAGCAGUGAGAUCGCCAGAGGAGCAGGUGCUCACGUUCGAGCUCGUGUCGCAGUACUUCUACAUGCCGAUCAUGCAGGCGGCGCGGGAGCUCAACGUCGGCCUCACCCUCCUCAAGAAGAGGUGCAGGGAACUGGGCAUCCCUAGGUGGCCGCAUCGCAAGAUGAAGAGCUUGCAGUCCCUCAUCAAGAAUGUCCAGGUCCUGCAGGAGGCGGGCAAGGCGACCGAUGAGGAGCAGCUGAGGGCGUUGGUGGAGAUGUUGCAGCAGGAGAAGCAGCUUCUGGAGCAGAGGCCGUAUGAGCAGCUAGAUGAAAAGACCAAGAGGCUCAGGCAGGCCUGCUUCAAGGCCAACUACAAGAAGAAACGGCUCUUGGCUCUCAAAGGAGGGGAGGCACCAAGAUGAUCCAAGCAAUGAGGUGCUUUUGCAAGCGUCAUGACGGGAUUUCAGCUUAUCCUAUUAUUAAUAUGAUAUCUCUUUUUAUUUAUGCUCGAUCAAUGUAGUAGUAAUCCUAGGUCCCUUUGGAACGCGAGAAGCUUUUCCUGAACCUUGUGGGAACCGAACAUGUUUCAGUGAAAUUCAUGUGUUUCGCUAUUGUUGCGUGAAAAGAUUUUACCAUGUACAGUACCGAUACUAUCAAGUGUCUACAGUCUACUAUUGCAUUUUUGCACUAAGGCUGUCUCC